CGGUAUCUCAUUACCUGGCCUUUCAACCAAUACCAUCCAACUGAUUGGAAAACACUACCCGCCGGAAAGUCGCAAACUUUCAGACUCCUCACAACUCAACUCACUAGUCCUCUUCUCGGUAGCCAUGGAAAUGGUGGCUGCAGCAUCACCAGCAGCUCAAACGUUAAGAACAAUGAACACCCAUUGCACAACUUCCAUAGCUCACCACCACUCAGCCAUCGUAAAGAACCCAACACCAUGGCUUUUCAACAAACCGGGCAUUCUCACGCUCUAUGCUUCCAAUCCCAUCCCAAGGAGGCAGACCAACGUUCUCACUCUUCUCACUCGCUGCUCCACAAAGCCAGACAUCAACACCAACAGUGAAAUUGGACAGAAUUCCGCUUCCGCUGAUGAACCCGGUUCAACCCCAAAUCCUGAACACCUACCAACGGCGAAGUUAGGUGACGACGAUUCACUUUCCUCGUCUUCUUCUCUUUCAUUGCCCUGUUCAUCUAGAGGUUUGGUCUUCGAUUUGGGCCCCUCGGGUUCUUGGGACAGCAGGGAUAUUGGGUCUCCUGUGGUGAAAAGGUUCCUGAGCGAUGAUGAAGAGAGAUGGUAUAUGUGGUACCAUGGCAGUUCCGGUCAAAACCCUGGUUCUGAUUCUCUAGGUUUAGCAGUUUCAAGCAAUGGAAUUCACUGGGAGAGAGGGUUUGGGCCGGUUAGAUCAGCUGCGGAUGUGGGUUUGGUAAUGAAUGUUGGUCAAGAUUGGUGGUCGUUUGAUACUCUCAGCAUUAGGCCUGGUGAAGUGGUUGUGAUGUCAAGUUCGAAAGUUAAAGCUUCCAGUGCUGUGUAUUGGCUUUACUACACUGGUCUGAAUUCUGAGAAGGUUGAUUUAGGGGCUGAUGAUGGUGAUAAAGGAGAGGUUUUUAGUAGGUCUUUGCCAGGUUUGGCAAUAAGUCAGGAUGGAAGGUAUUGGGCUAGAAUUGAAGGUGAUCAUCACAGUGGAGCUCUUUUCGAUGUUGGUUCUGAUGGGGAAUGGGAUUCUCUGUUCAUUGCUGGGCCGCAAGUUGUCUUCCAUGGGAGUGGAGAUCUUAGAAUGUACUACCACUCAUUUGAUGUGAAGAGCAAGCAAUUCUGUAUUGGGAUGGCAAGAUCAAGGGAUGGGAUCAAAUGGGUGAAGCUGGGGAAGGUACUAGGAGGGGGCAAAGUUGGUGGGUUUGAUGAGCUCGGUGCGGUGAAUGCUAGCGUUAUCAAGAACAAGAAAGAUGGGAACUACGUGAUGGCGUAUGAAGGCGUUGAUGGUGAUGGAAAGAGGAGCAUUGGCAUUGCAGUUUCCAGCGAUGGAUUGAGAGAGUGGAGAAGGGUGGACGAAGGUGAUGCGGUUUUGAGACGUGGGGAGGAGGAAGAUGGCUGGGAUAAUCAGGGUGUUGGAUAUCCUUGUCUGGUGCAAAUGGAAGGUGGGGAUGUUGAUGGUGAAUGGAGGUUGUAUUACAGAGGAGUUGGGAAUGGAGGAAGGAGCGGGAUUGGAAUGGCGGUCUCGAGAGGAAGCGAUAUUAGUAAUUUCAGAAAGUGGACAGGAUUCCAAUCGUAAGAUUGCAACUUCUUGUUGCAUAUGGUUAUGUGGGGAAAUCAGAAAGUGUUCAUGGUUUCUAAAAUCUGCUCCUUCCAUGUCUGCAAGUGAGUUGCCUCGACAUGCUAAUCUCGUUGGAACUACAUCCUGUAUGGAAAAUGGACAUGCCCCUUUUCAUCCCGUUAUAGUGUGGCUCUGUCGGGUGUGUUAUGAAUGGAGUGUUUGUAGGUUUCAAGAAGAAUGUUUCAGGUGUUCCGUAGUCUGCAACUUCAUUCCAGUGACAACAUGUGAGACUCAGUUCUGUACUUCUGUUGUCAAGUGACUCACAUGUUGAAUCCCUAUUCCCUUGUAUUGAUCCUCUCUAGUGAAUACUGAUGCAUUUGGUUGUUCGUUGUAAGUUAUGUUGGUCUCAAGAUUCGAACCUAAACUUAUGGGUUGAAUGUAUUUGAGGUAAUAUUUUCUAGGAAUUAGUUUGAUGUUUAUCAAGAGUGCAAUAUGGAAAGUGCCAUGUGAGUGGGAGCAUGAGACUGAGUAGAUCAUUUGUUCAUGAUUGGGCUAUCAAUCUGGUGUGCAGAUCAACUUUCUGGAUUUAUUGCUUUUGAAUAUGAUAGCAGGGUUUGUUCUGUAUAUGUGGAUGGACCAAUGAGUCGUAUUGCAGAGAAGAGGAGAUUAUGCCAAGGGACCAACAUUUUGAGGGACUCCGGGAGAAUAUCUAACCGGGAGACAACCAUGUCGAACUCCGGUGAUUUAGUUGACAUGAAUUCCCACCUCCUCUUUUGAUACAUCACCAUGUUAAAUAACAUAUAUCUACUAUA